GGGCAGCCACUGCUGAAGGAGCCAGGAGCGGCAGGCGGACAAGCGGUCUGUGUGGGGGGAGUUGAUUGCCGGAAGUGCUCCCAGCACCACAGAUCCAUGGUGCUGAGAGGUGGUUCCCGGAGUAGCCUCUGCGCCUGCGGUCUGGAGGAGAGACCAGGCCUUCCUCUGGUGCGCUCCGGGCUGGGCCGAGCCGGGCCCGCCGUGUGACUCGGGUCUCCCCGGGCCCCGCAUCAGCCAGGGGUCGCGUCCUGCUGCAGGCGGGGGACGAGUCGCGCCCCACCUAACCCAAGCAGACCCCGGGGGUUUGGGUGCGGGGAGGCGGCGCGUGGCAGCCCCGGGCCCGUUCCCCCGCGCGGUGUCGGGGGCGCGGCUGCCACCCAGACUACAUUUCCCGGCAGGCCGUGAUAGCAGGCGCUCGGCCCUCGGCCUGUACCCGGACUCGCUUCCGGGUUACGCCCCGGUAGUGACGCAGGCUCGGAGCCUGUCGGAACUCGGCUUGGAUUUUUCCCGCGAAAAGGCCGCGGGGCCGGGGCUGGGCGCGCGCUUCCAGCUGGAACUGCAAUGGAGGGGCUCUGAGGGUGUGUGCUGGACCACACUGUGACUGCUUUCUCUCCUCCCUCCCCUGCACACCUUCAAGAUGCAGCGCUCCAUUAUGUCAUUUUUCCAGCCUGUGAAGGGAGCAAAGGCAGAGGAGAGCAGACCUCUAGAAGAUGAGCAUGCGACUAAAAAGAUGCCAGAGAAGGUUGAGAAGCAGAGCAAUGGUCUUGGUCACUGUGCAAACUCCCCAGUGAAGCCUAUAGGCAAGAGGUCCUUGCGCCGAAUCAUUGAGAGUGACAGUGAAGAGGAGGAGCCUGAGCCAGCAGUCAUAGCGGAGGAGGGGCAGAUGCAGGUUGAGACUCCUAAGAAAGCCAGCAGCAAGCAGGAGCUGGUGCACCCUGCUCAGUCUGAGCUCUCUGCAGACAGCCCGUCACCAAGCAGCAGCCAGUCUGCUAAAAACAGUUCUGAUGGGACUGACACCACCCACUCUGACAUCCCCAGGCGCAGGACUGCUCGCAAGCAGAUGCCCAGAAGCAAAAUAGAGAUGGCGACAAGCAGAGAGAAUGGCCACCCCAAAGAACCAGUUGCCAAAAGAUUGAGAGAAGAGCCAGACCCAAGAGAUGAGACUGGUGAGAGAGCAAAGGUUGCAGCAGAGUCUAUGGAGAUGCAAGAGGUGAAAGGGCAGAGUUCAGAGGAAGAGUUAACCAAGGGUAAGGGCACCUCAGGGGAAGCAGCUGGUAACAAGGACAAAAUUGACAAAACUGGAGGAGAAGCAGCAGCCCAGAAGAAAUCUGAGCCUUCCAAGCCCAGCAGAGCCAUCUCCAACUUCUUUGCCCCCAGGAAGGCACCAUUGGCAAAGACAGAGACAGGAGAAGCUAGUGCAGCCACCACAAUGGAUGAGUCUUCUGUCCUGAAGGGCUCUGCUGCAGCAAGUGGCAAGCAGGGCAACCAGAUGAAUACCAGUUCUUCUGAGGCUGCUGUGCUGCUGGAUCCUGUGGAGUACAAUCCUUCGAAGAGCAGCUACCACCCUGUCCAGGAUGCCUGCUGGGGUCCUGGGCAGAGGGUCCCCUACCUGGCGGUAGCUCGUACCUUUGAGACAAUUGAGGAGGUGUCUGCCCGACUGAAGAACAUUGAGACUCUGAGCAACCUCUUCCGAUCGGUCAUCGCCUUGUCCCCAUCUGACCUGCUGCUCUGCAUCUACCUCUGCCUGAACCGCUUGGGCCCAGCCUAUGAGGGGCUAGAGCUGGGCAUUGGCGAGAGCAUCCUUAUGAAAGCUGUUGCACAAGCUACAGGUCGACAGUUGGAUAAGAUCAAGGCUGAGGCCCAGGAGAAGGGUGACCUGGGUCUGGUGGCAGAGAGCAGCCGCAGCAACCAACGCACUAUGUUCACACCACCCAAGCUGAGCGCCAUUGGGGUCUUUAACAAGUUCCAGGAAAUCGCUAGGAUGACAGGCAGUGCUUCUAUGAACAAGAAGAUUGACAUCAUCAAGGGGUUGUUUGUUGCCUGUCGGCACUCAGAAGCCCGCUACGUAGCUAGAUCACUGAGCGGGAAGCUCCGGAUCGGGUUGGCAGAGCAGUCAGUGUUGUCAGCCAUUGCUCAUGCUGUGUCUCUCACUCCCCCAGGACAAAGCUGCCCUCCAGAGGUGCUGGAUGCAAGCCAGGGCAAGUCUGCAGACGUACGCAAAACCUGGCUGGAGGAGCAGGCCCAGAUUCUCAAACAGAUCUUCUGUGAGCUGCCAAACUAUGACAUCAUUGUUCCUGUCCUGUUAGAGCAUGGAAUGGAGAGCCUGCCACAGUACUGCAAGAUCACCCCAGGGAUCCCACUGAAGCCCAUGCUGGCCCAGCCCACCAAGGGCAUAGGGGAGGUACUGAAGCGCUUCGAGGAGGCUGCCUUCACUUGCGAGUACAAGUAUGAUGGGGAGCGAGCCCAGAUCCACAUACUAGAGAAUGGGGAUGUGUACAUCUACAGCCGCAACCAAGAGAAUAAUACCUCCAAGUACCCUGAUAUUGUCAGCAGGAUCCCCAAGGUGAAGAAAGACAGUGUGCAGUCAUGUAUCCUGGACACAGAGGCUGUGGCCUGGGACCCUGAGAAGAAGCAGAUCCAGCCGUUCCAGGUGUUGACUACCCGGAAGCGGAAAGAUGUGGAAGCUGCUGAGAUCAAAGUGCAGGUGUGUCUGUAUGCCUUCGACAUGCUGUACCUCAAUGGAGAGUCCCUGGUGAAGCAGCCCUUCUCCAGGCGCCGGCAGCUGCUGCAUGAGUUGUUUGUGGAGACAGAGGGGGAGUUCCUGUUUGCCACUUCCAUGGACACAUGCAAUACAGAUGAGAUCUCGGAGUUCCUUGACCAGUCCAUCAAAGACUCCUGUGAGGGGCUCAUGGUCAAGACCCUGGACGUGGAUGCCACAUAUGAGAUUGCCAAGAGAUCCCAUAAAUGGCUGAAGUUGAAGAAGGAUUACUUGGAGGGUGUUGGAGACACACUGGACUUGGUGGUGAUUGGUGCCUACUUAGGGAAAGGCAAGCGUGUGGGCAUGUAUGGAGGCUUCCUGCUGGCCUGCUAUGAUGAGGAGAGUGAGGAGUACCAGAGCAUCUGCAAGAUAGGAACUGGCUUCAGUGAAGAGACCCUGGAGAAGCAUUACAGUUUUCUCAAGGACCUUGUACUGGAGAAGCCAAGAGCUUAUUACCGCUGGGACAGCAGUGCAGAGCCUGACCACUGGCUAGAUGCAGUGCAGGUGUGGGAGGUGAAGUGUGCCGACCUGUCCAUCUCGCCUGUGCAUAAGGCAGCUAUUGGCCUGGUAGAUGAGGAGAAAGGUAUCUCCUUGCGCUUUCCCCGCUUUGUGCGUGUUCGUGAUGACAAGAAGGCUGAGGAAGCCACCACCAGCACCCAGGUAGCUGAACUCUACAAGAAGCAGCAGCAGAUUCAAAACCAGCAGGUGGCAGGGAGGGGUGAGGGAGAAGACGACUUCUAUUAACACCACGGUACAGCUGCAGUGAGGAGAAGCAAACUCCAAUGGCCCUUGCAACUACAGCUGGGCAUGGGACAGUACCUAGAGCCAGUGCUUUCCCUUUCUCCUUACUAGAGGUACUGGAGCACUGAGCCACAGGGGUGGAGGGGGCUUGUUGGCAUCAUUUGUUUGGUUGCAAGGAACACCACCACUUACAAUAAAAUACUCUCUUUCCUUGUCAA